AUGGAAUAAUUAUUACCUAUAGUUAUUCAAGAAUACAACCUCUUUAAAGAAUUUAUUAAAGAGAUUUUUAAACACACACCCUUACAAAAAUAUACAAACUCUUUAGAUAUUUUUGAUACUGUAGUAGUAGUAUCAAUUCUAAGUGUUUGUGGAUUAUGGGUACUAAGAAAUCUCAAAUUUCCAAACAAAGAAUAUAAUUAAAGUAUGGAUAUCUCUUAUAUAUAUAGGUUUAUUUGGAUACCUUAAAGCUUAAAUAUUUUUAUUAUUUGUAAACUAUUGUCCUGGAGUCAAUUCAUAUAUUGAAAAACAAAAAGCAAAUGCAUUAUAAUCUUUUAGUGAUUCAAUGGAGAGAAUGACAUCAAAAAAAAUAUUAAAGCUUCCUGAAAAUGGAAUUGAUACUGAAUCUAUGAUGGAAAAAUUAAAUGAUUGGAUAGAAAGAGAUAGUAAACAUUAUGGAAGUGGUAAAGUUUCUGGAUCAUUAUAUGUAAUGCCAGAUAAAUAAUUUAUAAAAAAUGCACAAGAUUUUUGUAAGCAUUUCUUAUAUUCAAAUCCAAUGCAUGCUGAUUUGUGGCCAGCAACAAGGCAAAUGGAAGCAGAAGUUAUUAGAAUGACUGGAGAUCUAUUUGGAUAAGAAAAAGAAGGCAUAGGCAUUAUUACAACUGGAGGAACAGAAUCAAUCCUUUUAGCCAUGUUAGCAUAUAGAAAUUGGGGAGAAUCAUAAAAAGGAAUAAAUCAACCAAAUAUGUUAAUAUUUAAUAUAUUUUAGAGUCAUACCUGAAACAGCACAUGCAGCAUUUUAUAGAGCAGGAGAAUAUUUUAAGAUAUAAGUAAGAAUAGCAAAAGUUGAUUAAACAACCUUUUAAGUAGAUGUUAAUGAUUUAAAAAGACAAAUUGAUUCUAAUACUGUUUGCAUUGUUGGAUCUUUUCCUAAUUUUGCCUAUGGAAUAUAAGAUCCUAUUGAAUUAUUAGCAUCCAUAGCAAAAAAAAAGAAAAUUGGAUUACAUAUAGAUGCAUGUCUAGGUGGAUUCACUGCUAUAUUUGCAAAGGAUCAUAAUGUAGAUUUAGGAAAAUUUGAUUUUACUUUGGAUGGAGUCACAUCUAUCUCAUGUGAUUAACAUAAGCAUGGUUUAGCACCUAAAGGAGUUUCAACUGUCCUAUUUAAAACUAAAUAAUUACGUGAGCAUGCUUUCUUUUCUAUUGCAACUUGGUCAGGUGGAGCCUAUGCUGUUCCAAGCAUAUAGGGAUCUAAAUGUGGAGUUGGUGUUGCUGGUGCAUGGUUCACUAUGUAAUCUAUUGGUAAGAAAAAGUAUAUUGAAUACAGUAAGAAAAUUAUGGAUGCCACAUAAUCUUUGGCGAAAUAAAUAUCAGAAAUACCAGAACUUAAGGUUUGUGGAAAUCCUUAAAUUAAUUGUGUUACUUUUAUGAGCAAAGAAUAAUGGUUAAAUGUUUAUGCCAUUCAUGAAAUCUUAACUCAUUAAGGUUGGACUAUUAGUAGUGUAUAAAAACCAGCUGGUGUUCAUAUUAGUCUAACUUUAUAAAAUGUAUCAAAUCUUAAAUAAUAUGUACAUGAUAUAAAGGCUGCUAUUGAAAAAGUAAUAAGAAUCUUAUUUUAAAGAUUAAAGCAAAUCCAUAAGAGUAUAAAAAGGGUGGAGAAAUGGGAACAUUAUAUGGUACAACCUAAAAAAUUCCUGAUUCUAAACUUGCAGGUUAAGCUUUAAAAGUUUAUUUGGAUUCCUUAUUAAAGAUAUGAG